AGUUCUCCCAGCCGCCGGCGAGGGCUUGUGAAACGUCAGUGGUCAGAUGUUUGACAUUCAAUCAAUCGAUUUUGUAUGACGAAUCAUAAAAAAAGUGUUUCUUGCGGUAAAUAGAAAGAAAAUGUCUGCAUUUGGGGAUAAUUUCGAGCAAGAUGCUGACCCUGCAGCAGAAUUCUUGGCUAGGGAACAAAACGAACUCGCAGGGCUGGAAGAUGAGGUUAAGCCUGCUGCAGUUGUGGUUUCAUCAACACUGGCAAACAGUGACGAUACCACUAACUCUGCAGGAAGUUUUGAAAUGGUCGAAAAUUUCGAACAGGAUGGCUUAAAGAAAAGAGAUCUCUUUGAUCAAGACACUGGUCUUGAUGUAAAGAAAGAUCCUUAUGAUGAUAUUUAUGGAGAGCAGGAAAAUGCAGAUGCGUUUGGUUCCGUUGGUGUGUCCCCGCCGAUGUCUUUUAGCCAACCUAGAGAAGAACCCGAGAAAAUCAAGAAAUGGAGGGAAGAGCAAGUAAAACGUCUGGAAGAAAAAGACAAAGAAGAGGAAAGGAAGAAGGAGGAACUGAGGGAAGUCGCAAAGAAAGAAUUGGACGAUUGGUAUAGAAGUCACGAAGAAACCAUUGCCAAGACCAAAGCAGCCAACAGGGAUGCCGCAAAGAACGCUGAAAAGCAAUUUGUAGCAGAAGACGAUGAAAUCCAACCAGGAACUGAAUGGGAGCGAAUCGCUAAACUGUGCGAUUUUAAUCCCAAAGCCAAACCAGGUAGUAAGGAUGUUUCUCGUAUGCGCUCUAUGAUUCUUCAAAUGAAACAGAACCCCGUUCAAAUAAAAAAUAAAGCUUAAACCAACGUGGAGCUCUAAGUGCAGGAAUUGUUUUAUCUUAGUUACUGCUAAACGUAAAGUGCUAAUACUUAAUAUUAUAUUCGAAUUCCAAACAACAAUUUUAUUUUAGAAGAAUGCGAUGAAGCAUUGUUAAUUUUAUUGUUUUUCCAGUUUAAGAGUAAACGUUUAUUGGUUUAUGUACUGUUAAUUAAUUUGCCUGAACAAAACUUGUAUAAAAAUAGUUGAAUAUACGAAGAGUUGAGAAGGA